UACGAGAUGCAGGGGCCCAGCUUCGCAGUGGAGCCGCAGUCCAAGGUGGAGUUCACCAACAUGAGCGGAGGUAGAGUGGACUGUGCAGCCAGAGGGAACCCCGAACCUACGGUCGACUGGUUGGCAGCAGACGGGGGUAGCAUUUCCAGCAUCCCCGGGAUCAGACACGUCCUGGGGAAUGGGACCAUCCAUUUUCCAGCCUUCGGGGCCGAGGCCUUUCGCCAGGAUGUCCAUUGGGCCAGCUACCGAUGCUCGGCGAUCAACAGCGUGGGGGCCAUCGUCAGCAGGGACGUCGCCGUCAGAGCAGUGGUGAACCAGCGGUACGAUCCGGAAGUGCAAAGUCCCGGCGGUUUCCUGGGCAGCAACGUACUUAUGCGCUGCAACGUUCCCAGCUUCGCGCGCGACCACGUAGCAGUUACGUCUUGGCUCCAGGAGCCCUCCUUCAACAUAUACCCCUCGACCAUAAGUGACGGGAAGUACCACAUGCUGCCGAGCGGGGAGCUGAUGAUCAUCAACAUAACCCGAUACGACGCCGACAUGACCUACCGCUGCAGGACGCACCACCGAUUGACCCAGGAGACGGUCGUCAGCAGCAACGUGGGUCGCAUCCAGCUCACGGAAAUCCGGGACUCGAUGCCGCCGAUUAUCAAUGAGAAAUUAAUCUACAAAUCCGUGAGAGUGGAGGACGUCGUCGUGCUGCCUUGCGUCGCCUACGCCCAUCCGCGGCCCACGAAUAGGUGGUACUAUAAACGCAACCAGAGAGAGGACCCCAUAGAGGACCUAUCGGGACAUUUCCUGAUCCGCGAUGGAUCUCUUAUCAUACAGGGAGUCCAAGAGACCGACAGUGGGUCCUACAUGUGCACCGUCAGCAACAUGAAGGGCAGCGAAACUUUGGAGAUCAAGCUCUCCGUUUCGGCUCCCCUGAGUGUCCACAUCCAACCCCUGAUCCAAACCGUGGAUCUGGGCAAACCUGCCAACCUGACGUGCAUCGCCAGUGGUUUUCCGCAAGCCACGCUCUAUUGGCUGAAGGAUGGCCAACCCCUACGAACAGGUGCCAGGGUCAGAGCAGUGUCCAGGGAAAGGGUUACCCUGACUUCGGUGGAGCACGAGGAUCGGGGGAUGUACCAAUGUUUCGUCAGGAACGAGAACGAGAUGGCCGAGGGCGUCGCCGAGCUGCGACUUGGGGAAAUCGCACCCCAGUUGGUGUACCGAUUCAUCGAGCAGACCAUGCAACCUGGUCCCUCGGUAUCCCUGAAGUGCAGCGCAGCGGGCAAUCCCCCGCCACAGAUUUCUUGGCUGCUAGAUGGGUUUCCACUGCCACAGGACGACAGACUGGUCAUCGGUCAAUAUGUCACCGUGUAUAGUGACGUGAUCUCCCACGUGAACAUUUCCACCGUCAGGUCGGAGGAUGGAGGCGAGUACGAGUGCAUCGCCAGCAGCAAGGCAGGGCAGUCCUCGCAUGCAGCAAGGCUUAAUAUAUACGGGAGGCCUUUUGUGAGAUCCAUGCCGCCCAUUUCUGCGGUGGAGGGGAAGCAGCUCGUCCUGAAGUGCCCUGUCUCAGGCUACCCGGUAGAAUCGAUAAUCUGGGAGAAGGAAGGCAGAAAGCUUCCCACGAACAUGCAGCAGAGGGUUGCCAAUGGCACCCUCUCCAUAGAAACUGUCCAGAAGAAUGCUGACCAAGGGUCUUAUACUUGCGUCGCAAGAAAUAAGCAUAACUUCACCUCGCAAGGCACGGUGGACGUCCGAGUGCUCGUUCCGCCUCGGAUCUCGCCGUUUAAUUUCGAGGAAGGAGUGACGGAAGGGACGAGGACACAGCUUAUGUGUUCCGCCGGCCAAGGAGAUCAGCCCUUCAACAUCACCUGGCUGAUGAACGGCAGGAGCCUCCCGGCGAGAGACGCUGCCGACAAGUCCGAGAGGGCUGGACUCGCUGAUAACAGCAUUCAGAUAAGCGCCUUUACGCCAUUUUCCAGCAUCAUGACGAUUAAUAACGUCUCGGCGAGGCAUAACGGCAACUACACGUGCCGCAUCAGCAACGUCGCCGGUGUAGCUGAACACUCGACCAGUCUCUCCGUAGUUGUACCUCCGCGGUGGACGGUGGAACCUAUCGACCAGGACGCCACAGUAGGUCACGGUGUCUCCAUAGCCUGUCAGGCCGAAGGAUUCCCGGUUCCAACAGUGAGUUGGAAGCAGUCAGUGGGGGAAGCUCCAGGUGACUACAGAGAGCUAGGCUACGGCGGGUCGGAAGGUGCCAGAGUCGCCGGAAAUGGGUCCCUGGUGAUCCCACGGGUAUCCCGGGAGCACGGAGGGCUGUACCUGUGUCAAGCGAGCAACGGCAACGGCCCCGGUCUCAGCAAACUCAUUCGGCUAACAGUCCACGUCGGCCCUCGAGUUACGGUCAGACCGAGCCACGAAUCCGUGAGGCAAGGCCAAUCCGUGACUCUCCGAUGCGAGGUCGAAGGGGAUGCAACCCUCGACGUGAGAUGGCGAGCUCGAGGCAGCCUUAUUGGUCCCACUUCUGACAUGAGGUACACGCUGAACAAUUCUCCAUUACCUCGCGGCAUCCUGUCGGAGUUGCGAAUCACGAAGGCCGAGCAUACCGACCGGGGCGUGUACACGUGCAUGGCCACGAACACGUACGGCCAUGACAACGCCAGCAUCCAUCUGCUGGUCCAGGAACCACCGAAUUUCCCGCGGAACCUACGUGUCGCCGAGCAGGGGAGCCGUUCGAUACUUCUGGCCUGGUCCUCGCCUUUGGGGGACUCCGACCCCGCGCACUCCGACUCGCCGAUUACGAAAUACGUCGUUCAGUACAAAGAAGCCCAAGAUGUGUGGCAUGAACACAACGCGCAGCAGCCGGUCGCAGGAAACAACACGGUCGCUCUGGUUUCCCAGCUGAAACCGGCGACGACCUACCACUUCCGAGUGUUCGCGGAAAAUCACCUUGGAACCUCGGCGCCAAGCGACAUCCUUCAUGCGCAGACCGACGGGGAGGUUCCCGGAGGCCCUCCGAGGCAGGUCGCCAUCGAGGCGGUGGGUCCACAGCAGCUCAAGAUAACUUGGCAGCCUCCCGAUCGAUCCCUCUGGAACGGAGAGCUUCUCGGAUACACCAUAAGCUAUCGGAAUUUAGGGAGCAACGACCAGUCGGUGAAUACCACACGAAUAGGCAUUACCGGCAACGGCGACGGCUCGUACGAUUACAGGCUGACGGGUCUGCAGAAAUACACCCAAUACAGCAUAGUGGUGAAAGCAUUCAACAACAAGGGCGAGGGACCAAGCUCUGAUCCCGUCACUGCCCAGACUCUCGAGGAUGUCCCCAGUGCCCCGCCGCAGAACAUCGCCUGCACCCCCCUGAGUGGUCAAAGCAUCCAAGUGACCUGGAAGCCGCCACCACCUGACAAGGUCCAUGGCGAGAUCAGGGGGUACAAGGUGCUCUACGAGGCAGCGAAUGGCGCGGCAUUCGAACUCCAGGGUUCCGGGGAGACCAGGACCACCCACGCCCUGAACACCGUCCUGCAAAGGCUGAGUCCCUACACCAACUACACCGUCCAGGUGUUGGCUUACACCAGGGCCGGCGAGGGGGUCACCAGUAAUCCCGUGACCUGCACCACCAAGGAGACGGUGCCAGACGCCCCGGAACGGGUCAAAGCCGUGGCAAGCGCCGAAGACACCGUCGUAAUAUCUUGGCUCCCUCCGAGGAGACCAAACGGCGUCCUCACCAACUAUACGGUCUACAUCCGGGUGCUGGAUCAGGGCCAGGAAGUGAAGAUCAUUAAAGGGUACUCCCUCGCCCAGGAUUUGCACUACGAGGCCACGGGGCUCAAGCUGAUGGAGUCCUAUGAAGCCUGGGUCGCUGCCUCCACGAAGGAGGGCCAGGGCCCCAGCACCCCCGUCAUCAAGCUACAACCCACCACCUCUAUUGCAGCCGCCAUCAUUUCAUUCGGCGUGCCGCUCGUGGUGUCCUGGCGGGUCGACGUCCAUCUCGCCUGUCUUUUUGUCGGCAAGCCAAGACCCAUUGCGGAGUGGCGACUCGGGGAAACGAAAUUGGAGAAACAACAGAGGCUGGAUAUCACCCCUGAUAACACGCUGAUUCUACGGAACGUCCAGAGAAGCCACGAGGGCAAUUACUCCUGUCACGUGAGAAACCCUCUGGGCACCGACGAGAUCGUCCACGCCUUGAAGGUCCAAGUUCCACCAACACCGCCGACUCUUCUGGCUACCGGCACCACGACGGACGCAGUUCAGCUACAAUGGAAACAGGGGGAUAACGGAGGCGCUCCCAUUAAAGGAUUUCUAUUGGCUUAUCGGAUAGAAUUUGCAGAAUGGGAAGAGGUCAUGCUAGAUCGAAGGGCGAGCACCCACGUGCUGGAGGGCCUUCAGUGCGGGACGAGAUACCAAUUCACUUUGGCGGCUUUCAAUCGAAUUGGGAGCGGAAGCGCCAGCAAAAUUGAAACUGCCAAGACGAAAGGCUCGAAGCCUGUGCCCCCCGCGAAGCAGCAUCUGAUCAGAGCCAACCUAACUUCCGUCAUUCUAGACCUGCCCUCCUGGCAGGAUGGAGGGUGCCCGCUGCUCUACUUCGUCGUCGAGUACAGGAGGCUGCCCGGUGAUUGGCUCCUAGUCUCCAACAACGUGCCGCCUCAGUCGAGAUUUCCGAUAGUCGACCUAGAGAGCGGUGCCAGCUACGAGCUCAGGGUGACGGCGUACAAUAACGCUGGCUCGACUCAGGCCGAGUACUUGUUCAGCACUCUGAGUCCCAAUGGCGCAACGAGGACCCGCGAAGGUCCUCACCAGGAGGUCGAAGACACUCCGUUGUAUCUGGACGCACAAGUCUUGGCUCCCAGCGUGAUCUCGGUGCUGGCCGUCCUCCUGGCCAUUGCUGGAGUGUGCUUCUGUCUCAGAACGCAUCCCGACAGACCAGGGUGCGCGAAUGACCCUAAUUCGCAAACCCAGGCCGCCUUGGACAACAAGCACAACAUGGAGCAAAGAGAACAGUAUUACGCGACAGUAAGAAAGCCCGGGCAGCAAUCACCCUGCCGAGAGGUGAGCGCGUUGGAACGCAUUCCCGAAUAUUCCGAAGAUAUUUAUCCAUACGCCACCUUCCAUCUGCCCGAGCAGGAAAACCUGUCUGCGAACCCCAUCCGACAGGCUUUCUUCUACGAGAGGAACGAGACGAUGCUCCAGGGAGCUCAGUGCGACGUGGACCAGUACACGAAAGUGCGCGGCAGGGCGCGGCGUAAGUCCAAGUCCUUCAAGUCCGAGUCGGAGGAGUACGACACCCUGGGGUCGGAUAGCGACACAGAGGUGGGGACGAGUAGCAGAACGGAGUCGUCGAACCAUUUGGACGACUCGGGUCCAGCGUCCAUCAUGGCUCGUUCUCCGGGCCCGAAUUCGGUGGGCCAGCGUGGCCGGGACCAGCGACUGGCGCUCGUCCCCAGGCCGGUUCAUCAUAAUGUGCUGUACCACACGCACGAAUCAAGUACAUCAACCGAGCCGUCACCAAUUUCUGAGCGGAAGACCUUCCCCAGGCUGGAGAAGCAGAGGAGUCGCGGCGCUACCCCGGACGUCGAGGCCAGUCGCACCCCUGGGGUCCUGAGGGCGGCUCCGAAGUCCGAGGUCGGGAUGAGACCUUAUUCCGCCAGCGUUUCGCCCAACCACUCGACCGAUCACUCGACGGGCCUCCGGGUGGGAAGGAGCGAUCGCCAGAAGCUGGAGAACCCUCGCAAGUCCCUCGAGUCCCUCUACCUCCUGGACGAGCCCAACGGCUCCCGGAAUUUCCACAGGAACUCCAGGAUCAGGGCUCUCGGUCGGGAGGAGUCCUGGAACAACGAGUUCUCCGCUCUCGAGCUGAAGCCCCCCUCGGGCUUCAUGGACGCUCAUGAGAUGAGCGAAGCCGAGUGCGACAUCGACAUGAAGCUGAGGGUCCACCGGAAGAAGCCUGGCACCCCCAACUCGCUCUCGAAAUCGCCAAAAGACUUUACCAUCACCGUUUAA